AUGGCACAAAUUGACCGCGGGGAGCGUGGAAAGAAGUCACGUGUCCAGUCGUUUCUGCUAACAAAUCUAGCGAUAUCAGACUUCUUAAUGGGUGUCUAUCUGAUAAUUAUUGCAUCUCAUGACGUCAAAUGGGAUGGUGUCUACUUCAAACAUGACGUCAAAUGGCGAUCUAGUGCCAUGUGUAAUUUUGCAGGCGCAUUAUCCAUGAUUGCGAGYGAGGUCUCGGUCCUUACUUUGACUACGAUCACCGCUGAUAGGCUAAACAGCAUUGUAUUCCAUAUAAGGGCAAAGCCAUUCACCAUGGUAGCAGCUCGUAUGGUGUGUGUUUUCAUAUGGAUUUUUACAGUAUUGAUAAGCUUGGUUCCUAUUAUUGCGGUGGACAACUUUGAAGACAAGAUACGAGGCAUUACUUUUUACGGCCGAUCGUCUGUWUGUUUACCACUACAACUAUCCAAAACACGUCCUCCUGGAUACGAGUAUGCYAUCGCCAUCUACAUCGCUUUGAACGGCUUUGCAUUCGUWUUCAUCCUACUUUCUUACAUCGCAAUUUUCAUCAAAGUUAAGAUGUCUUCGAAAGCUGUGCGUUCUAAUAUAAACAAAGACUCUGCUUUGGCACGACGAGUCACACUGAUCGUACUGACGGAUUUCCUCUGCUGGAUGCCCGUUGCUAUCAUAGGGUGUUUAUCACUGACRACUGGUUUUAAUGAUCCCGAUGGCGAGGUGUACGCAUGGAUAGCUGUUUUUGUGYUACCUAUAAAUUCGUCUAUCAAUCCAAUUCUUUACACUUUCUCCAACCAACAAUUUAGAAAGUUUUUUACCGAGAAAACAUGCUGUAAUUKGCAAGCAUUAAAAACACCGUCAAAAGAAAAAGAUACCAAUGAACUAAAUCCUAUGGAUCAGAGUCAAACUGGCGCGACAGGUCAAACAUCUAUCAAGACACCAGAGCUCUCUAGAUAUCGCCGAUUUAAUAACGAGACYAAAGAAGAAAAAGGAAGUUACGAAACUCGUCUCUGA